UAGAUAUGAGUUGAUGCUUUCAGAUUUUGAUUGAAAUGACUCUUGACCCGGCAAGCAACAGGGAAGCUGUGAUAGGCAAUCCGGCUCCGAAUCAACAACAGCAGCAUAAUAUGCAAAACAGACCACCACAAGCUCCACCAAAUAAAGAAAGUGCCCAGGAUGAAAAUAUUGAGGCUGCUACCAAGCCAAUAGUUGGUAUAAUCUAUCCGCCACCUGAACAUCGAAACAUCAUUGAUAAGACUGCUAUGUUCGUGGCUAGAAAUGGACCUGAUUUCGAAGACAAAGUCCGACAGAAUGAAGUGGCGAAUUCGAAAUUCAAUUUCUUCAACGCUACCGAUCCUUACCAUGCUUAUUACCAACACAAAAUCAAAGAGUUCAGAGAGGGAAGGGCAACGGAAGUCACGCCUGCAAAGCCAACGCCUUCAAGUGCAGUUUUAGCGCAGCAGGAGAAAAUUAAGCAACAAGUUGUGGCUGAAAUGGCGGUUCCAAAAGAAGCACCACCUGAGUUUGAAUUCAUUGCGGAUCCUCCUACUAUUUCGAGUCAGGAGUUGGACGUGGUUAAACUGACUGCUCAAUUUGUAGCGAGAAACGGAAGGCAUUUUCUGACGCAGUUGAUGAACAGAGAGCAAAGGAACCCACAGUUUGAUUUUUUGAGGCCGCAACAUGGAAUGUUUCAGUACUUUACGAAGCUGGUGGAACAGUAUACAAAAGUGUUGAUCCCGCCGAAAGACUUGAUUGAGACUCUGGAGUUUCAGUCUCUCAGUAUCCAACCUAUGGUUGACGAAGUGAAAAGAAGGAGCGAUUGGAAGAAGCACAUCGAAAAGCAGAAACAGAAGGAAGCGGAUGAGCUGGAGAAAGAACGUGUCGCAUAUGCUCAGAUCGACUGGCACGACUUUGUGAUAGUGGAGACGGUGGACUUCCAGCCACAUGAGACGCUGGGUCUGCCUCCUCCUGUGACCCCAGCCACGGUGGGUGCCAGAGUGAUACACCAACAGAGGACAGACGAGAAGAAACGGCUUGGCAUCGAGGAAGAAAAUGUCCCAGAACCAACUGAGUCGGCUAACGCCGGCAAGGGUGGCAAAGACGGAGUGGGCGAGCAGGAGGCAGGGGGUGGGGGAGGUGCAGACAUGGAUCUGGAGGACAUGGAGGAGUCAGAUGAGGAGGGGGGCGAGGAGGAGGAGGAACCCGAGGAAGAGGAUGAGAGUGAGACAAUGAACCAGAACAACCAACCCCAGAUCCAGCCUAUGCCCGUUGGUGGCGAGGAUCUGCUGAUCAGGAAAGACUACGACCCCAAAAUGAAGCCGUCGACUUCUGCAAACCCGGCCUCGAAAGUGCAAAAUUACGUCAUAAACGAGAUCACAGGAGAGAAAGUUCCAAUUGACAAGAUGAACCAGCACGUGAAAUACAAUCUACUGGAUCCGCGAUGGCUUGAAGAAAAGGAACGGCAACAGAGAGAGAAGCAGCAGCAAGAAGAAGUGUUUGCGAUCGGAAAUCAAAUCGGAAACAGUCUUAAACAGUUGGCCGAGAGGCGUACGGAUAUCUUUGGAGCGGGAGACGAGGAGACCGUGAUUGGUCGACGACUUGGCGAAGAAGAGGAAGAAAAACGAGACGAGAGAGCAAUCUGGGACGGGCAUUCCGGUAGUGUGGAUAGUACAACUAAACGCAUCCAGGCAAACAUAACUAUCCAAGACCAGAUCGAAGCCAUUCAUAAAGCAAAGGGACUGUCGGAGGAUAGCACCAAGGAGAAAAUUGGACCUCAUAAAGGAUCAGGAGACAAAAUUCCCGCUUCAUCAUCCUCAACAAGUGCGGCACAGCAUAUGAAUCCAGCGAUGAGCCAUGUGCAGCCGAGGCCCCAACUCACUCCUACGACGCCAAUGAUAGUGCCGAUGGUACCUGUUGUGCAGAGACCACCAAUGGUGCCAGUAUUCAAUACCAACCCAGCUGCUGCAAUGCUGGGAGCCCAGACUAUGUUGAGACCGUCAAUGGCGGGACUGGCGAUCCAUAACCAGAACCUAGCCGUGGCUGCUCUGGCCGCACAAGCGCAGCAAGGACUGGCGGCAGCUGUAGCUGAGAAAAACGCACAGGCACAAGCUGCAGUUGCAGCUGCGAACUCACUGAAUGCGAGCACAGUUAAACACUCCUCAGUUCCAACUUCCUCGGGACAAUCUUCGUCGUCGUCCGCAAUAAUCAACGAAGACCUCAGUGGUCCAUCGGCUGCUAAAAGACAGAAGGGAGAAGCAGAUCUCAUUCCAGAAGACACCUUCCUGCAAUCCAGAUCCUCCUCCAAUGUCACAAUCAAAGUCACAGUUCCGACAGACUACUCGAAACCAGAAUGGAAGCUCAAUGGCCAGACUAUCUCUAUAACUCUCCCAUACAAGGAUCCAGUGUCUGUUAUUAAAGAGAGGGUGUCAGAGCAACUCACGUUGCCGGCAGGAAAACAGAAGUUGGUCUAUGACGGCAUGUUUAUAAAAGACUCGAACUCGCUGGCAUUCUAUAAUAUGAAUGAAAACUGUCAAGUGUUGCUUCAACUUAAGGAGCGUGGUGGUCGUAAAAAGUAAACUCUGUUGUUUCCAUAAAUUUAUUUUCGUUGUUUUCGUAAUUAACUUUCAGGUUAUUGUUCAUUUUUUACCGUUGAAAAAAGAGCAUUCAGUCCAAAU